UGUUUUUUUUUUUUUUUUUUUUUUUUCCCGAUUUUUAUUCAGCAGCGCUCGGCAGCGGGGAUGAUUUUGGGGAGGGUCGGCGGAGAGGAUGCGAUGAGGCUCCCCCGGAGUGGGUGAUUUUUUUGCAGCCUGCCUCCUCCUCCCCCAGCCUCGCCCCCCCACCCCGGCUUUGGCUGCCUCGCUUCCCAGUUGCUGCAUGAAGGCUGUGCUUGCACCGGCGUGUGCCCGCUCCCGGAGCCGCGCACCCGCCGCCACCGCGGCCGGGGGGAGCCCGGGGCCAGCGGCGGGGGUGCAAUUAUUAUUAUUUUUAUUAUUAUUAUUUUGAUUUUUAAUUUUUUUCUCUAUUAAAAUAUUUAUUUUUAAAUUUUUUUUUUAAUUUUUUUUUUUUUCACCCAUCGCAUCCACCCUAGAAUAAUAAAAAUAUAAAGCGGGCAGGGCUCGGGAGCCCGCGGCAUCCCCGGCACGGGGGAGUGCGUGUGUGUGCGCGGGGGGCGCCCCGCCGCCCCGCCGCCCCCCGCCGCACCGCAGCGUGCGGGCAGCGAGCGCGAUGCGCCCCGCGCUCGGCGCUGCGGAAUAGCGCGGCCGCCGCUCGCCCUCCGCGGGCUGGGGGCGCACGGACCCGACCGCUGGCCGUUCCCUCUUGAUGUCCAUGAAUGCAAACACCAUGAUUUUCAUGAUCCUGGGCGCCUCUAUCGUUAUGGCAAUAGCUUGCUUGAUGGACAUGAAUGCGUUGUUGGACAGAUUUCACAAUUACAUCCUACCGCACCUCAGAGGGGAGGACCGAGUUUGUCACUGCAACUGUGGAAGGCACCACGUGCACUACGUGAUCCCGUACGACGGGGACCAGUCUGUGGUGGACUCCUCGGAGAAUUACUUCGUGACCGACAAUGUGACCAAGCAGGAGAUCGACCUCAUGCUGGGGCUGCUGCUGGGCUUCUGCAUCAGCUGGUUCCUGGUGUGGAUGGACGGCGUGCUGCACUACGCCGUGCGCGCCUGGCGCGCCAGCCGCCGCUACGACGCCUCGUGGUCGUGGAUCCCCCGGUUCUGUAAGCUGAAGGAGCUGCGGAAGCGCCACCCCCGGCAGUACGAGGAGGCCACGGGCAACAUGGUGCACAUCAAACAGAAGCUGUACCACAACGGGCACCCCAGCCCCCGGCACCUGUGAGCACCCCGGGACUGCAGCCAGCUUUUAACCACACACGGGACUCCUCUUCCUCCUCCUGGGGACAGCCGAGGCGGCUCCCGAGCCGGCCGAGGACACGGAUUUCUUUUCGGGACGUCCGCGGGUGGACCGCGCCGCCAUGCACAACCGAGCCGGCGCCGGGCGCCCCGCGGCCGAGGCUUUGCACUGUGUUCCACGUUUUACUGUCAGACUCGUGUAAAUAUGUAAAAAAAAAAGCAGACAAACAACAAAAGAGAGAGAGAGAAAAGA